AUGACUCCAAUGCCCUCACAUAUCUUGAACGACACGCUUCAGCUGGAUAGUGAUGAUGAUGGAAUGGAUCAUGCGGCUGAUAUUGCCUACAUGCAAGAACAGCCCGCGGAUGGUGUUGACGCCCCUGCUAAUGAGCCCCUGGCUGAUCAGGAGGGUGAACAAGUUGAAGACUCUGGCGAGGAGUUUCAGACACCCAACGACGAGCCUCAGGCUCAUGAGGGUGGGCAGGUUGAAGAAUCUGGGGAGGAGUUCAGGACACCUACUAAUAAGCGCUCCGCUGAUGUCGAGGGUGACGAGGUUGAAGAGCCUGAUCCAAAGCGGGCUAGAACCGAGUAG